AUGUCUGCAGAACUGAGGAUGCUGCUGUCCUUGGCCCUGAGCAACGGCAGCAGGAGGAGCAGGGGGCUGCCCUGGCCCUUUGCUCUGCGGCGGACCCCGGCCGCUGCCCAGGCGCCUGUGCAGGCGGGCUCCGGCUGCAGCGGGACUCUCUUUGGACAGCCCCUGGCUGCCCUCUGUGGGGAGGCCGGCACGCUGCCCCAGCCCAUCCAGGAGCUGCUGGACAUAUUGUAUCAGGAAGGACCAUCAACGGAGGGGAUAUUCCGAAGAGCUGUGAGUGGGACAUUGCUUUGGGAGCUGCAGAAGGCCCUGAACAGCGGCACAGAUGAGGACCUCAGAAGCCAGCCUGCACUUCUUUUGGCUGUCAUCCUGAAGGACUUCCUCCGAAGCAUCCUUUCAAAGCUCCUCUGCAUCGACCUCUACGAGGACUGGAUGAGACUGAUGACUGCUGAGACUACUGACCCCUCAGGG